AUGAUGAGGACUAGGAGCAAGAGCCUGGAAAAAAAGUUCAAUAUGUUCGUGGAGCAGCUGGAUCGUGAAGGACUGAUCAGGCUUGAUCAGUUUGAAGGAUUGCAACUAACACCAUCAGAGAACUCGCAUUUGACUGAUAUAUUCAACAAKGYGUCGCUGUCURACCCGAACGCUUCAGGAGGUGAUCUACAUAUAGAUAGAAAUAUAUUUGAGUCUAGUUUUCAGAAUACUAAAGAUUAUCUCAAUCGGAGUUACAAAGCGUCCGCAAAGAGCCCCGCAGUGAAGGCAUGUCUAGUGGAUCCUUUAAUAGCCAAUGUCACCAAAUGGAUUCUAUUCAAUCCCAGGCUUGAAGCCCAUCUUACUACGGUUUCUUUGGCCUUAGAAGAAGCUUAG